AUGAAAGUGUGCCUACCUUUCUACACCCGGGAUGGCUGGCAUUUUUGCACCCAAAACUAUAACGUUCCAACAACCAGAGAAGCAUGCGAGUUCUUAUGCGCUCAAGAUUGUGAAAUUAUCUAUAGUGGUGCUAGGGGCGUUUGCAUGCACCAUUCAAUAUGCCAAAUCACUUACUACGAUUCAAAAUAUUACUAUGCACCGAGUUCGUGCAGUGGCAAUAAACAAUUAAAUUGCUGUCCCCUAAUAACCGACAAAAGAGUGAACCAAUAUAGCGAUCCAAAGAAAGACCCUGAUGGUAUUCUUAUCACUAGAAGACUCGUAAACAAUCGUCCGUCGGAUUCCCAACCAGUAUACUACAGCUACAAUCUUCCGUUUGUACAUUAUUUUGAUGGCAAACUCUACAAGUAG